UCUGUAAUUCUUCCUGUGAACUACAGACGCAUCCUGAGAGAACUUUUAAAUAUAAACCACUGAUACAGAGAUAUAUUUUAAAUUCUAUCUUUAUACCUCCUCUGUGAAUUCAGGAGUGAUGUCAAGCCUAAAGGAGAUCUGUGCUGGAUUACCCCUUGAUCCUCUUCCUCCGAACCGUGGCAGAGACCCCUGCAUACCUCAUGCACCUGUCCGUACUCCAAACUUCACCCCAGCAGAAGAACGGCUGGCUUUGAGGAACGCUUUGAGAUACUUUCCUCCAAAUCUGCAUGUGACUCUGGCUACAGAGUUUGCGCAGGAGCUCAGACAGUAUGGACACAUUUACAUGUACCGCUUCUGUCCUACACUACGUAUGAGAGCCUACCCUAUUGAUCAGUACCCAUGUAGAACAAGACAAGCUGCUUCCAUCAUGCUUAUGAUAAUGAACAACCUGGAUCCUGCUGUAGCACAGUUCUCACAAGAGCUUGUCACAUACGGAGGAAACGGACAGGUGUUCAGCAACUGGGCGCAGUUCUGGUUGGUAUUUCACUAUCUGAGCACCAUGACUGAAGAGCAGACCCUUGUGAUGUAUAGUGGUCAUCCAUUGGGUCUUUUUCCCAGCCUCCCUUCUUCUCCACGCUGUGUAAUCACAAACGGCAUGGUCAUUCCAAACUAUUCUUCCAGAGAGGAAUAUGAGAAGAUGUUUGCUAUGGGCAUUACAAUGUAUGGGCAGAUGACCGCUGGAAGUUACUGUUACAUUGGCCCCCAGGGCAUCGUCCACGGCACCAUGUUGACAGUGCUCAAUGCAGGACGGAGAUACUUGGGCUCAGGUGACCUGAGGGGUCGUGUGUUUGUGACAUCUGGUCUGGGAGGCAUGAGCGGAGCACAAGCAAAGGCAGCGGUCAUUGCUGGCUGUGUUGGGGUCAUUGCAGAGGUUGAUGAAGUGCCACUAAAGAAAAGGCAUGAGCAGGGCUGGCUGAUGGAGAUCACUAGUGACUUGAGCCACUGCAUCCAACGCAUCAGGGAGGCCAGAAAAGCAAAGAUGCCCUUGAGUUUAGGCUACCAUGGCAACAUUGUGGAUCUCUGGGAGUGCCUCUACCAGGAGUAUAAGAAGACAGGAGAGUUGUUGGUUGAUUUGGGUUCUGAUCAGACAUCACUUCAUAAUCCGUUCAGUGGAGGAUAUUACCCAGUGCAACUAGCCUUCAGACAAGCCAAUCAGCUCAUGAACACCGACCCUGAGGGCUUCAAAACCCUUGUACAUGAAAGUCUUCGCAGGCAGGUGGCUGCCAUCAAUAAAUUGUCGGAUGCAGGGAUGUUCUUCUGGGACUACGGAAAUGCUUUUCUAUUAGAGGCCAAGCGAGCAGGUGCGGAGGUAGAGAAUAAAGGGGGAGGGGCUACUGAGUUUAAAUAUCCCUCAUAUGUCCAACACAUAAUGGGAGAUAUUUUUUCACUGGGUUUUGGGCCAUUUCGUUGGGUCUGUACCUCGGGUGACCCUGCUGACCUGGCUGAGACUGACGCAAUCGCCACUGCUGUUCUAGAAGAGAUAAGUUCCACAGUAACCGAACAAGUCCGACAGCAGUACAAUGACAACAUCCGCUGGAUCCGUGAAGCUGGGACACACAAAAUGGUUGUGGGUUCGCAGGCCCGUAUACUCUAUUCGGACCAGCGAGGAAGAGUAUCCAUCGCCUUGGCCAUAAACCAAGCCAUUGCUAAGGGCAGAGUCUCGGCUCCAAUAGUCAUCAGUAGAGACCACCAUGAUGUCAGCGGGACAGACAGCCCCUUCAGGGAGACAUCCAAUGUUUAUGAUGGCUCUGCCUUCUGUGCAGACAUGGCAGUGCAGAACUUUGUUGGCGAUGCAUUUCGUGGUGCCACAUGGGUCGCUUUGCACAAUGGAGGAGGAGUUGGAUGGGGGGAAGUGAUAAAUGGUGGUUUUGGAUUGGUUCUGGAUGGUUCUGAAGAUGCAGGACAAAGAGCUAAACUAAUGUUAAAUUGGGAUGUCUCUAAUGGGGUGGCACGGAGAUGCUGGUCUGGCAAUGCGAAUGCUUAUGAGACAAUUCAACGUACCAUGGAGGUCCAGCGUCAGCUGAGAGUCACAAUGCCCAACCCAGUAGAGAAAGAUCAAAUUCUGGACCGUGCACUGCAGGGAUAGACUACUAAACACUUAUUAAAAUAUGAGAUUAUUCAUUAAAAUGCUACAAGAAUGAGUGUCUAUGAACACACUUCAGGAAAAGAAAAAUCAGUUUAAGUAACACAAGUACUGUUCUAUUCAAU